CAACGAAUGGGAACCAUAGAUGUUGUUUUGUUUAAGCAUUGUUAGGUUUUCUAUACCUCACUGAAAGUCAUCCAAAUUCAACAUACAACAACAUUUAAACAAUCCUAAAACAAAAUACUGAAGACAAAACAACAGCUUGAAUAAGACCCGCUGCUUGCGCUUUAGACAGUUUAUUCUGGAACGGUCUGCGGGUGACGACGGCUCGUUUGUAGAUCCUGCUCAGUGGUCCAAUAUCUACAAGACUAAUUCUUUAUCAUAAUAACUUCACACAUACUAGAAACAGAUACAGACAUAAAUUGACGACGUAACCUGCUAAGAAUUCUCAACAAAGUAUUCAGUUGCAUCAAGAUGGCUUCCCUUAGCAGUCUCUAUCAGGCCUUUCCACAUCACUACGGACAUAUACAAUUUCCAGCUUACUCUACACCUUGUUUUUAUGGUCUUCGAGACACCGCUUAUGCUGCUACUACUGCUGCUGCUGCUGGGUUUCAUUUUGGAAUUCUGCCGUCCCUAGAGAGAAGAGAAACCCCUCAAAAACCACCAUAUUCGUACAUAGCCUUAAUUGCUAUGGCAAUCCGUGCUUCCAGUGAGAAAAAGUUGACAUUGAGUGGGAUAUACCAGUACAUAAUGGAUAACUUUUCUUAUUACCAUGACAACAAGCAAGGUUGGCAGAAUUCUAUACGACAUAACUUGAGCCUAAAUGACUGUUUUGUGAAAUUACCACGAGAGAAAGGAAAGCCAGGGAAGGGAAACUACUGGACUCUAGCUCCAGAUUGUGAGGAAAUGUUCGAAAAUGGAAAUUUCCGUCGACGAAAGCGCCGACCAAAAUCAUUCACCAAAUCCACCAACAAUGAUACGGACAGAAACAUGAGCGACGACGGGGGUGUAGAGCCAUUUGCCGAGGAGAAAAGUGAUGACGAGUUUGAAAAUGACGAAAAUAUCGAGAACUCAAGCUGUGUUUAUACAAAAAGAAAUAGCAAACAUUGCGAGAAACACAGCGUGGAGCAAGCCUCGGGGAAGUUACGGGAUCGCGUAGAAAAUGACUUGAGCCACGAGAGCGAUUACGAAGCAGAUCAUGUUAUUCUUUCUGAAACCGAUAAAAACAUUUCCUGUGCUGAGCCACAGUCUAGAUUGGAGUUUAAAGAGAGUAUUCCUGUGAACGCAAUUAUUGAAAAUCGUUCUGAACCACAACAAUCACAGAAAUUGACUUCAUUCAGUAUUGAAACUCUUCUAGGAGAAUCAUGUUUAAAAGAUUCUAAGAAACGCAUUCGAUCAGACGGGCAAGAGGAAUACGAAGGUGUUAAUAAAACUAAACACACGCGCGCUAAAAUUCAAAAAAUUGACGAAACUGAAAAGAAAACAACUGAAAAGUACAACUUUUCGCUGGAUGAACAUUCAACAACAAAUCAUAUUGAACGUAGCCCCGAACCCGUGCAGAUGUCGCGAGUAUCGCCAAAACCACAGGCUCUUAGUAUAUCGAUCCCUGUGUCUUCGCAAUAUAAUCGAGAUAUUUCGAGUCCAAACCAAGAAUUCGUUCACCGACUUCGCAGUCUAUAUGAAACCCGCAGCCCGAUUGCUUUCAGUCCGUAUUCGUCGGUUCGCUACGCACCGUCGAUGUAUGUCUCCCCGAUGUAUCCGAGCCAGCACGACUUAUCGCCUCCAGCUUAUGUGGCUUUUCCAUACGGAGUUAAACCAUGGAAAUUAGAUGGAAGUAGUUAUAAGAGAGACAUUAUUAACAUGUACUGAUUGAUAGAAUUAUUUAACACGUAAAAAUAAUUAAUAGUGUGGUGUUUAUAUUAAAUUUCAUUAUGAAUAUAAUGAGAUGAGGCUAAGAGAUAUAUUUUUAUAUAAGUACUGUAAAUUGUUGUAUACAAUUUACAAAGAGACGGUAUAAUUGUUAUAAACCUUUGUUCUGUUCAUUAUUAUUAUAAAAAAAUUGUCUUAUCACAGUUUGUAUUGUUAAAUAUUAUGGUACAUCCACCGUAACUUUUAAAACUACAGAUAAUACAAUUUAAUUAAUUAAUUAAUUAUUGAGAAUUACAGUUUUGGCCCAAGAUCUAAUGAUUGAUUUUCUUUCGUUUGAGAUAAUACGUUACGUUGUAUAACGAACGAGAUAAUUAUAAAUUCAUAAGAAAUACAAUUAUACAUUUUUGCUGUUGAGUGUGUGAACCUACGUUUUUUAGCCGUAGAACAAGCAUAUAUUAUUAUAUUUUUCUUUCAUUUUGUGAUUUCUUUCAUUCCCUUUGACCUUUGUUGAUGAAGUAUGGAUAACAAAAUUAAAAUAUAAUGAAUUUGA